AUGGCAAAGAAGAAAAAUAUUAAUUGUUUAGAUGGUGUCCCAUUGACAUUCGAUGAUGUUGAUGAUGGUCUCAUUCAAGCCAAUAUGAUGUCACCAACAUAUGGAAAUCAACAAUGGCAAUCAAUUCGUCCUGUCAAUGCAAAAAAUUCAAACUCCAUUGUUUAUUCAACACAAUUUCGAAAAGAAAAAUGUAUUGCUGCCGGUUUAAUUAUUUUUUCACGUGACGGCCUUCAAGUUUGUCUUGUUGAAGCCAACUAUGGUCGGUAUGAUCAUGGUUUUCCGAAAGGUAUGAUUGAUGGUGGUGAAGGACGACGACGAGGAGCUCUACGGGAAACAAAAGAAGAAACAGGUUUAACUGUGAAUGAUUUAGUAUUUGUAAUACCACGACAUGUAUUUGAUGAAGGUAACGAUUGUUAUUUUGCUGCUGCUGUUACACGAGCAAGUUAUGAAUACCGGUUUCAGUAUAAUACACACGAAUUACGUUCUGUUCAAUGGUAUUCCAUUGCUCAGGCAUUAAAUUUACCAAAAUUUAAUUCGAAACGUCGACAGUUGUUAUUACAAGCACUUAAUAUUUACAUGGAUGCAUUAAAACGCAAUCAAUUAAUUACUGGAGAAGCAUUUAAAAAUUAUCAACUCUAA